AUGUCAGCCAGUAUAAAUACUAGUUCUACGCUAACUAAAAGCUUUUUUGAACCUGGUCAAUAUCUCUUGUGUAUAAAACGUUAUGAAUUUGGAAAUGAAUUAAUUGAUCGCCUUUUAACAAUGUUUGAUGAACGAUCACAUUUAGAAUUAUCAUAUGUGAAUGCAUUACGUAACUGGUCGAGAAAAUGGCAUGCUGAACUUGUCAAACAACCUGAAUACGUAACAAAUAAAAAAGUAUGGGAUCAAACAGUUACAACAGGUGAACAAAUGGCAGAUAUUCAUCAAACGAUUAUAUCAAAUCUUAAUGAUAGUAUUGUGCCUAAACUUCGUCAAUGGCGUAAAGAUAAUUAUGAAAAAUCUCUUAUCCAUUACAAAAAAUCAAAAGAAUAUGAGAAAGAAUUUGAAAAUGUUCAAAAACCGUGGAAUAAAGUACUAGAACUGGUUCAAGAAAACAAACGUAUUUAUCACGAUGCGUGUAGACUUUUACAAAAUGCCAGACAGAUUCAACGUAAUAUGAAUUUACAAGUGGAAACUGAAGAACAACAAAAAGCAGUGGCAGAUAAACUCGUCAAAGCAACAAUUGACGUUGACAAUACCAAGACGAGAUACGAGAAGAUAUUAAAAGAUUUACAAGAACAACGUCAACGAUACGAAGCGAAUAUGAUCGAAUGUUUUAAUCAUACACAAGUAUUUGAAAAGAAACGAUUAGAUUUUUUUAAAGAAGUAUUUCAAGAAUAUCAGCGAACAUUGGAUAGUUCAAAUGCCACAAAGAAAAUGUACGACGAUUAUCAGAUGGUAUUGAAAGUACAUGAUGUACAAAAUGAUUUACAAUGGUGGAAUGCACAGUAUGGUCCGAUUGCAAAUGUGACCCAUUCCUAUUAUCCAACAUUUGAAGAAUAUCAGGAAAAACAGAUACAAUGA